AUGGCUGACUCAAAUGAGCCCCUACUGAGCCUCGAAGAAAAGCGACUGGAGCUAGAAAAGCAAAUAACAAAUCUUCAAACCUCAAUCUAUCAUUGGAAAAUUUGGAAUGCGGAGUAUGACGGUUUGAAGGAAGAAAUCUUGUCAUUGCCAGAAAACAGUUCUCGCGAACAUAUUCUUGAGUUAGGACGAAAUCUUGAAGGGUCUCAAGUCACUGAGAAAGAGGUGCGAGCUCUGCUAGGAGAAGGCUCCUCUGGACCCAUCGUAUCAAGAUCACCCCAACAAGUCGCCCGUGCGAUUGACCGGAGGAUUGACUAUGUUCUGGAGAAUAUAAAGACUCUAGAGAGGCGUGCCACCUCCUUGGAGGAUAAAUUGAAUGCUCUUGUGAUGGAACAACCUGAUGAUGGACUAAAUGAGGAAGGCAUGCCCAUUACGGAUAUUGUGGAAAGGUUGGACGAAGAUGGAAAUGUCAUUUCAAGCUCAACUACAAUGCCAGGAAAGGAGACAAACGAACUACUUAAUGCUCUGAAGAAAGCCGGGUUGGAAGUACGUGAUGGAAAGCUGAACAAAGAGAAAACAACAACCGAGGUGAACGACUCCUCCGUUUCACUAGCUUCUUCCACAAAUAAAGCUGAAGAAUCACCUGUACCUGAUACCAGUGGGAACAAAUUUAUUCGGGCUCCUGAAUCUGAUGUUAAAACACAAUCUCCAGUGGAAGUUAAAUCUCAGGUUCCUGAUACUUCUGCCCGAGGAAAGGAUGGUACCACUUCUUCAUUACCUGUAGCUGCUCCAGACUCUACGUCGGGGAUGGGACCUUUGGAACCAGACGGAAUAUCCACAGAUGCUGGAGAGAAAGAAUGGUCAGCGAUGGCUGAGGUUGAUGGAGAUACGCCGGAGGAUGCUGCGUUACGCAGGGAGAUGCUUCAAUAUGGACUAGAGGAAGUAGGCGCAAUUGUUGCGGAGCUAGAACUUGAUGAAGAUGGAAGCGAGUUUUCCAUUGAUGAUGAAGAUUACGAUCUUGACGCAGAAGAUAGCGAGGAUGAAGAUGAAUAUGGGCGAACUACGAGAAAGGUUUUGGAUGAUGAUUAUAUCAAGCGAAUGCGCGAGCUUGAGAAAAAAUUGAAUGCUAAGAGCUUACAAAAUAUUGGCCCUGAUUCCAGCAUCCUACCGUCAGAUGUUCGAACUCAGGUUGACCAAGCCCCGUCUGCAAUGAAGAAAGGUCCUGCGAAGAAGAAAACAGUUGCAUUCGCAAAAGAACUCGAUAUCGCUCCUGAGCCAUCUCCCAAACCGGCAUCCGCACCUACAAAUGCCAAAGCAGAAGUUCUCCCUCCACCUAUUCAGGAAGAAGUGGUCGAAAGGUCAGGGGUUGCUAAUAUAAUAAAGGAAAGGAAUACUGGAUCAGCAAAGAAAGUUUCUCGCUUCAAGAGUUCUCGGAAUGCCGAAAAUUCUACCCAUGUAGGCACAGCUACAGUCAUCCAAUCCACCUUAAAGCCUCCUAAUAGCAGCUCUUCCCUAAAUUCAAGAGCUCCAGUCGUUACUCCUCCAUUGUUUCCGGCUAUCCCUUCAACCCCACAGCCUUUCUCACACCCUAUACUUGAUCCAGAUACCAUUUCCUUGAAAGAGCACAACAAGGGUGGCAUGAAUGGGAAGAAAGCGAGUAUUAAGCCACUAGCUGAUGUCCUCGUUGAGCGAACCGUGCAUAGAGAUUCCGCUGUUCCCCCCGAUCCGGAUGAGUUGGACGAAGCUAUCCACAGGAGAGAGGUGGCAGCAGAGUUUUAUAAACUACGAAAUCACAAAAUCCAGCAGAGCGGAGGAUUCCUUCAGGAGAAUGCGACUGAGUCUCUUGUUUCCUUGAAUGCUGAUGAUCACUCGCAAGGUGAACAAGAAAAGCCAAAGAGAGUAAGCCGUUUUAAGGCUGCAAGGGCUAAAUAA